AUGUCUUCACCAAUACCUCCGUCGAGUUUGAACAACUCGCAAGUGGCUAAUAUAGUUGAUGAAAGUAAUGAAACUCCAAGUACUACCCCUCCAAUGAUAUCAAAUACUGCUACACCUGUACCAGAGGUUGAGAUGGAAGACGCCAACGCGCCUCAAGAUAAUAAUGGCAUAACAGGUAAUACAACAGAUGCAGAAAAAAUUCAAGAAGGACACGAAGUCGAUGACGAAGAAGAUGAAGAAGAGGAAGAAGAAAGCUUGUCUCUUCCAUUGUCUAAAAUUAAAAGAAUAUUUAAGAUGGACUCUGAUUAUUUGGCUGCAUCACUGAGUGCUGUUUAUGCCACCGGAUUGGCUACUGAGUUAUUCAUUCAAUACUUCACAGAACAGGCCUUAGUGCUAGCUAAGAUGGAUAAAAGAAAGAAGCUUCAAUAUAAGGAUUUUAGUAACGCAGUGGCGAGUCAAGAUUCAUUAAAUUUCUUGAGUGAUACAGUACCAAAGACCCAACCGAUCGGGGAAUUAAUAAAUAACAAGAAAGUUAACGUGGACAGUCAUAAGAGCAACGAAAUACGUGAAACUGCAAAUACAGAAACAGAAGAAAUAGAGGUAGAUGAAGCAAAUCACGACAUGAAAAAGUCCAAGCCUUUAGCAAAGGGUCAACAAACUUUGAAUUUUUCUAACAUGAACACAACGACUGAAAAUACAAAUCCAAUGCCUAUCAAGAAAUCAGUGAUAAGUGAUAUUGUCACAUCUGAUAAUGAGACUGAGGUUACCAGUAAGGAAGCUACUGUAGAUGCUGAAGAUCAAGAUGUGAUAAUGAUCAACUGA